GCGCAGAGUGCUCGUGCGCAUGACGUCACAUUGCAAAUGUCGACCUGAUUGUGUUUAUAUCAACCCCUUGGCUGCUGAAGACCUGUAUUCUGGGGCUCUAAGCGACUAAACUCGCAGGAUAGGGCAUCAACCAACCCCUUGAUUCCAGCUGCUGUUUCAAGAUAAGUUACAUUAGGACGCCGAUGCGUGAUACGUAAUAGUGGAAUUGCCGAGGAAAACGAGUCGCCAACUGAUAUGCCCACAGCCACAGGCAAGCGCAGCAACGCACACAGUGGCCACCAAAACAUUCCAAGCAACGAAGAGUGUGGUAUUCGAGAUGUGUGGGCGCACAACCUUCAUGAGGAGUUUAAAACCAUCCGAAAAGUUGUCCAGAAAUAUCACUGCGUCGCCAUGGACACCGAGUUCCCUGGCGUGGUUGCGAGACCAAUCGGCGAGUUCCGCAGUACGGCAGACUAUCAGUAUCAAUUACUGCGGUGCAACGUUGACCUCUUACGCAUCAUCCAGCUUGGCCUUACCUUCUUGGAUGAAGCGGGGAAGACGGCGCCUGGUUUCUCAACGUGGCAGUUCAACUUCAAGUUUAACUUGUCAGAGGAUAUGUACGCCCAGGACAGCAUAGAUUUAUUGCAAAACUCUGGCAUCCAGUUCAAAAAGCACGAGGAGGAAGGCAUUGAGCCGCAAGACUUUGCAGAGUUGCUAAUGACGUCCGGGAUUGUCCUAAUGGAGGACAUUAAAUGGCUGUCUUUCCACAGUGGUUAUGAUUUUGGCUACCUGCUGAAAUUGCUCACAGAUCAGAACUUGCCACAGGAUGAGAGCGAAUUUUUUGACCUUCUAAGGUUAUAUUUCCCUAAUAUCUACGAUGUCAAGUAUCUCAUGAAGAGCUGUAAAAACUUAAAAGGAGGCCUGCAAGAAGUGGCUGAUCAGCUUGAAUUGGAAAGAGUUGGGCCUCAACAUCAGGCUGGCAGUGAUUCGCUGCUCACCGGAAUGGCAUUUUUCAAGAUGAGAGAGAUGUUUUUCGAAGAUAACAUCGAUGAUGCAAAAUACUGCGGUCAUUUGUACGGUUUGGGAACUUCGUUCGUCAUGAACGGCAACAAUUAUCAUGACAAUGGUGAAACGAAUUCGUCGUGAUGUGCUGGAAGUGACAUCUCGGAAACCACACGGAGCCACAUUUUUUAAAAGCCAUUGUUGAAUUUGACAGUUAAUAAGGACUCUUCCCUCCUUUUAUGCAAGAGAAUUAUCCUUCCUUUUUUAAUUUGCUUAAUUAAAGAAACCCUGUAAAUUAGUUGUAAAUUUUACAUCCUGCCUCUGGUUCCCACUGUAGCAAAAUUUUAUAUUUACGUUGGAAAUUUGUAUGUAUUGUCUGAAGUGUCCGAAGUUUUGUUUAACAAUCGCUGCAACUUCCUUACUUCACAGUUACAUACAAAAAUUUCAAGAUAGGAUGCUUCACUAACUGUAUGGUUAGCUGGAAAAACUAAAAUGGAACUAAUGAGCUGUCAAAUGAAAGUACAAUUUCAUCCUCUACGAAUGGCUUGUGGCCACUCCAAGUGCACAUUGCCGUAAAGACUUCAAAAACACAAGCACUCAUUAGAUUCAAGCCACCAUCAAAAGAGAAUAAACUUAAGCAUUGAACAUUUAAGAAAAAAUGGAUAGU